AUGUUCCGUUAUACACACUUGAUGGCCUCUCGAGAUUCUUCGGCCAAAGUCCAAUGGCAAAUAAAACGAGCCGUAGCCGAAACAAUGGCCGCUCAGUAUAUCUAUUCGGCGGAGAAAAUUGAGAAGGAAUAUCUUUGGACUGUGUUUGGAUAUUUCUUAAUGGACCAUGGUAUGGAUAUGUUGAAAAUCUUUUACUCCGAUAUAGUUGCCUCUGCUAUGGAUGACGACAUGCCACAGGCAGUUGAAAGUUUCCAGGAUGAUAUGUAUCACAAGCAGAGGGAAGAGAUGGAAGUGAAAAAAAAUAAGCAAUACAACGAUUCACGAAAAUGGAAUAAGAUUGAUGACAGAAAACGAGCCGCUGCAGUGCUUGCAAAAUGGUGGAUGGAGUCUGAAAGUAAAGAGAAGUUGCGGAAGAUGUCCACAAAUACUGAUCCUUCGUUCUGGCAGGUGGCGUGGGUCCGGGACGGCGAUCAACUUCAUAUGAAAUUCCACCAAGACUUUUACUACGAUUUAGAAAACACCGGACAAUCCAGACAGUACUUCGAGUCUGGCUGGCCAUUAAACCUUAAAAUCUAUCGCCGAAACCAACCGGAAGUGAACUUUUUUAUGCAGAAUUUCUCCAGAGAGAUGACAUUCAACAACUUCUCUGACCAAGACUGGAUCUUUAUUAAUGGUAUGGAUUUAUUCCGCACUGAGUACAGCGAGGAAAUGCUUCAGCAGCUUAUCAAGGGUGUCCGGGAUCAAACCCUGCCUCCGAUGUGUCGAAUGAAACUUCAAAAUGAUCUUUUCGCUUUGACUCGCGACUGCAGAAUGAGUCUUCAGCUGCUCAUCAAGUGCCUUUUGGACUAUUCUCAUGAGACUGAUUUUUGCAUCUGGUACGACAUGGUCAAAAACUUCGAUAGUCUACAUCAACUUCUACAGAACAAACAAAGGGAUGAAAUAUGGGCCAAAUUUGCUAUUCCCUUCUUCCAUAAUAUCUGGAUGGUUGUUGGUUGGGAGAAGAAACAGGACGAACAACCAAUAAUUACAAUGUUGCGAGGAGAACUCAUAGCUAUCAUGGGCAGAAUCGGAGACCAGGAGAUUGUGAGCGAAGCCAGACGUAGAUUCAAGUAUUUCAUGAACCACAGAGAAUAUUUGGAUCCCAACAUUCGAUAUGGCGUAAGUCUCUUACAUUUGACCCUCAUAUUUUCAUUGGUCAUCUACAUAUACGGCAUUCAGCGUCUUUUGUCAUUUGCUACAACACAUUUAGAAUUAUUAUUGAUAAUUGACUCUGUGAUGUAA